AAAUUUGUGGUUGAUUUUCAAAAAGACCAAGAGCGGAUGGAUCGGGCCGAAAAGGCGGAAACGCCGUGGAGGGAGAGUCGGAUUGGGCUGAAGGCUUAUCGAACGACUACGCCGGCUCAGCAAAGGUGCGAAGCAAACAAGGACCACGUCUGGAGUUGGACUCGCGUCCGCAGCAGAAUUGACGUGUUUGACAACUCGAGGAUACGCGACGCAAGUGUGGACAAACACAAAGAGGACACACACAAUUCAGUCUUCCCGAAGAAGUGCGACGAAGACCAAGAGAUGCCCAACGGGCACAACCCUGACUCGAUGGAUGAACUAUCAAGGUCGAAAGAUUUUGAUGAACUUCAGGAAUCAACUGAGCCAGCCGGUCCAGAAAUGCCUAAACAAUCUGAAGAACAAAAAGAAGAAUUGACAGAUGGUAAAGUAGAUAAUGUCGACAGCGUGGAAGACAAAUUAAAAAGUGAUGCUUUACAACUUAAAGACUCAAACACCACACCUUAUUCUCAAGCUUCCAAUAGUUCAAAACUGGAAGAUGAGAGUUCGAAGGAUGAACAGGAUGGUGAGAAAGCUUCCGAAGCUAUGAUUUCUAAAGUAGAGAUGGAAUUGGAAAAAAAUGACAAAGAUGAUGUUAAAGAAGAAGAAGAAAUGAAAGAGAAGAAAGCAGAGAAAGUUUAUAAAACUGAAGAUGAUGAGGAUAAGAAUGAAGAAAUGGUUGUGGAUGAACAAAAUGUAGAAUCGAAUACUGAAAAAAUUGAAGAGGAAGAUGAAAAAGACGAUGUUUUGUCUGAGCCAAUGAGACUUUUGAAGGUAGCGCAUCAGGUUGAACUAACAAAAGGCCACCUGGAGAAAUUCAUCAAGGUUAAGAAGCCUGAUUGCUCCGCUGAUUUGAGCAAUCUUGUCCGUGUUCUCGCCGACAUCGCUGCAUAUGCACAGAAGUCUUCUAACUCCUUGAAACACUUGAGCGAGCCAUUUUUUGCAGAGGAACAGCCUGGUAGUCGUAAGAGAAAAUCAAGGGGGAAGGUCUCAGCUCCUGAUACGGAAAAGGAGACCCAUGAGAGAAGAUCGAAGGAAAAGAAACCAGAGACAACAAGCUUUGAACCUCUGACAGAAGCGAAAUUCAAGAGCCUCAAAGGCCUAGCUGUGUUUGCAAAAUGGCCCAACAGCGGUUGGUACUAUCCAGGGAUAAUCGAAGGCCUGAUGACCUCAGACUGGAAGGAAGAGACCAACGUCAAGGUCAAGUUUUACGACGGUCUUGUCCGCGAGAUGAAAAACAUAAACAUUCUCCCGGCUUAUCUCAUUCCGACGGAUUGCAUUGUCUGCGAUCUUGAAGAUGAAACUGAAAUGGUCGUCGUUUCUACCAAAUGUAUUGAUAACAACAACGUGGAGUUUACAUUGCGUGCCAAGGCGAACGAGAAUCAGUUUGACCUCGGUUUCAACAAGCUUGCGAUCAGAGCUCUACAUAUGAAAACUAUAAAACAGCAGCUCGAGCCCAACAACGACAUCAGCGCCAAGAAAGUACACAUGGUGUCUCUAGAUAAUUUAGUCAGUGGGAGACGGUCCAGAGGGAGAAUUAACAAAGAAGACGGUGACGAGUCUGGAAACGAAUCCACGUUGACAUCAAGGAAAGGAACAAGAAAAAGCGUCAGGAAAUCAGAAGAGGAGGUGAAAGAUGAUGCCACUGCUCCAGAGGUUUCUGAAAGUACACCAUCUAGAGCAACAAAAAGGCGAUCAUCCGGUGGGGAGAGCACUGCACCUCCUGCAAAGAGAUCGACAAAGCGCUCACGCCAGUGAUUCACCUCCAGUCGCUAGUCCACUAGGGAUGGUUCCAGUGUAAAUAUUUAACAUGGCCUUUUCUCGGACAAUUGGAAUUGUAUCAAGACUAGGCGUUUAACAUAAACAAGCACAUGAUAAAAUCAUUUUUGUAUCAAUACAGUUAAAAGUUAAGAUCCAUUGACCAAGUAAUUGAUAACUGAUUCGUUGCAAGCUACAAUCUUAACCUCAGAACCUAGAUGAAUUUAGAAAAAAUACAUUAAAUU